AUGACAAACCCUUCAGAACAUGCCUUGCCGGCCAACUCGACAAUUGAGAGCCAUGAAGGGGAAUUUGGCUGCACAGUCAUGGACCUAAGGAAGCUCAUGGAGCUGCGUUCAUCGGAAGCUCUGACCCAGAUCCAGGCCCACUAUGGAGGUGUAAUGAAUCUCUGCAGUAAACUGAAAAGCAACCCUGUGGAAGGUCUCUCUGGGAACCCAGCAGAUCUGGAAAAACGUAAACAAGUAUUUGGACAGAACUUAAUCCCCCCCAAAAAGCCCAAGACCUUCUUAGAAUUAGUGUGGGAAGCCCUUCAAGAUGUCACCCUCAUCAUCCUGGAGAUCGCAGCCAUCAUCUCCCUGGUUCUGUCCUUCUACCGCCCCCAUGGUGAAGAAAAUGAAAAGUGUGGUCUACCUAUCAAUAGUCCAGAGGAUGAAGGGGAGGCACAAGCUGGCUGGAUCGAGGGGGCAGCCAUCCUGUUCUCGGUGAUCAUCGUGGUGCUAGUAACGGCCUUCAAUGAUUGGAGCAAAGAGAAGCAGUUCCGAGGGCUGCAGAACCGCAUUGAAAGGGAACAGAAAUUCUCCGUUAUUCGAAAUGGUCACAUCAUCCAGCUCCCUGUAGCUGAGAUCGUGGUGGGUGACAUCGCCCAAAUCAAAUACGGUGACCUGCUGCCUGCAGAUGGGAUCCUGAUCCAGGGGAAUGAUCUCAAGAUUGACGAGAGCUCCCUAACUGGAGAAUCGGACCAUGUCAAGAAAUCCUUGGAAAGAGACCCCAUGUUGCUCUCUGGGACCCAUGUCAUGGAAGGUUCUGGCCGGAUGUUAGUGACUGCUGUGGGUGUCAACUCCCAGACUGGAAUCAUCUUUACUCUCUUGGGGGCCAGUGAGGGAGAAGAGGAGGAGAAGAAGAAGAAAGGUAAAAAACAAGGAGUCCCCGAAAAUCGCAACAAAGCCAAGGCUCAGGAUGGAGUGGCCCUGGAAAUCCAGCCACUCAACAGCCAGGAGGGCGUCGACAGCGAGGAGAAGGAGAAGAAGGUGGUCAAGCUGCCCAAGAAGGAGAAGUCGGUGCUGCAGGGCAAGCUGACGCGCUUGGCUGUGCAGAUCGGGAAAGCUGGUCUGAUCAUGUCUGCUAUCACCGUUCUCAUCCUGAUUCUGUACUUUGUGAUCGACAACUUCGUGAUACAGGGCAAGUCAUGGCUAGCCGAGUGCACCCCCAUCUACAUCCAGUACUUUGUCAAGUUCUUCAUCAUCGGUAUCACUGUCCUGGUGGUGGCUGUGCCCGAGGGGCUGCCACUGGCUGUCACCAUCUCACUGGCCUACUCUGUGAAGAAAAUGAUGAAAGACAAUAACCUGGUGCGGCACCUGGACGCCUGUGAGACAAUGGGCAACGCCACAGCCAUUUGCUCUGACAAGACAGGCACGUUGACCAUGAACCGCAUGACCGUGGUACAGGCUUAUAUCGGGAACACCCACUACCGUCAGAUCCCAAGCCCCGAUGCCCUCGUGCCUAAGGUCCUGGACCUUCUUGUCAAUGGCAUUUCUAUCAACAGUGCCUACACCUCCAAGAUCCUGCCUCCGGAGCAGGAGGGGGGCCUGCCACGGCAGGUGGGCAACAAGACGGAGUGCUCACUGCUGGGCUUCGUCAUCGACCUGAAGCAGAACUACCAUGCUGUGCGCAACGAGGUGCCCGAGGAGAAGUUAUACAAGGUGUACACCUUCAACUCGGUGCGCAAGUCCAUGAGCACGGUCAUCCAGAAGCCCGACGGCGGCUACCGCAUGUACAGCAAGGGCGCCUCCGAGAUCAUUCUGCGCAAGUGUAACCGCAUCCUGGACAAGGACGGAGAAGCAGUGCCAUUCAAGAGCAAGGACCGAGAUGAGAUCGUGCGCACGGUCAUCGAGCCCAUGGCCAGUGAGGGGCUUCGCACCAUCUGCCUGGCCUAUCGAGAUUUCAAUGACGGGGAGCCCCCAUGGGACAACGAGAGCGAGAUCCUCACUGAAUUGACCUGCAUCGCGGUGGUGGGCAUUGAGGACCCUGUGCGCCCAGAGGUCCCAGAUGCCAUUGCCAAAUGCAAACGAGCUGGCAUCACUGUCAGAAUGGUGACGGGGGACAACCUCAACACAGCCCGGGCCAUUGCCACCAAGUGUGGCAUCAUCACACCUGGGGACGAGUUCCUGUGCUUGGAAGGGAAGGAGUUCAACCGGCUCAUCCGCAACGAAAAGGGCGAGGUAGAGCAAGAAAAACUGGACAAGAUCUGGCCUAAGCUUCGAGUCCUGGCUCGAUCAUCCCCCACGGACAAGCACACGCUGGUGAAAGGCAUCAUUGACAGCAUGGUUGGGGAGCAGCGACAGGUGGUGGCUGUCACAGGCGAUGGCACCAAUGACGGGCCGGCUCUGAAGAAAGCAGACGUGGGUUUUGCAAUGGGUAUUGCAGGCACAGACGUGGCAAAGGAGGCCUCAGACAUCAUCCUGACCGAUGACAACUUCACCAGCAUUGUGAAGGCCGUGAUGUGGGGACGCAACGUCUACGACAGCAUCUCCAAGUUCUUGCAGUUCCAGCUCACCGUCAAUGUGGUGGCCGUGAUUGUGGCCUUCACCGGAGCCUGCAUCACUCAGGACUCCCCGUUGAAAGCUGUGCAGAUGCUAUGGGUGAACCUAAUCAUGGACACGUUUGCCUCUCUGGCCCUGGCCACGGAGCCCCCCACUGACUCUUUGCUGAAGCGCCGCCCCUAUGGCCGAAAUAAGCCUCUGAUCUCACGGACUAUGAUGAAGAACAUCUUGGGCCACGCGGUCUAUCAGCUCACCAUCAUCUUUUUCCUGGUCUUUGCCGGUGAGAAAUUCUUUGACAUUGAUAGUGGGAGGAACGCACCUCUACAUUCCCCACCCACCCAGCACUACACCAUUAUUUUCAACACUUUUGUGCUGAUGCAGCUCUUCAAUGAGAUCAACUCACGCAAGAUCCACGGAGAGAGGAAUGUCUUUGCAGGCAUCUUCCGUAACCUCAUCUUUUGUUCUGUGGUUAUGGGCACAUUCGUCAGCCAGAUUAUCAUCGUGGAAUUUGGGGGGAAACCUUUCAGCUGCACGAAGCUCAGCCUGUCCCAGUGGUUUUGGUGCCUUUUCAUUGGCAUCGGAGAGCUGCUGUGGGGCCAGGUCAUCUCCACAAUACCUACCCAAUCCCUGAAGUUCCUGAAGGAGGCCGGGCAUGGCACUGCCAAAGAGGAGAUCACCAAGGAUGCGGAGGGGAUGGACGAAAUUGACCACGCAGAGAUGGAGCUACGCCGAGGCCAGAUCCUCUGGUUUCGUGGUCUGAACCGAAUCCAGACUCAGAUCAAAGUGGUCAAAGCAUUCCAUAGUUCCCUCCAUGAAAGCAUCCAGAAACCCAGGAACCAAAACUCCAUCCACAACUUCAUGACCCACCCUGAAUUCGCCAUAGAUGAGGAGGGGCCACGAACACCACUCCUGGAUGAGCAAGAGGAGGAAAGUUUUGAAAAGGUUCCUAAGCCUGGGACUAGGGUGCUGCUGUUGGAUGGUGAGGUCACUCCAUCCGCCAACACAAACAACAAUGCCGUGGAUUGCAGCCAGGUGCAAAUUGUUCCCUCCCACCCUGACAGCCCUCUACAUAGCCUGGAGACAUCCGUUUGA